AUGGAAGUUUGCGAGGAACCAAAUUCAGAUAACUUGAAGAAGAACAAACCCUUGACUCCGAUUAGGAUUCUAAGGGGUGUGAUGAUCUUGCUGGUGUUUCUCUCCACCGCAUUCAUGUACCUAAUCUACUUCGCGCCGAUCUUCGCUCUAGCGCUACGGCUUCUGAGUGUGCACCAAUCAAGGAAAGCCAUCUCCUUUCUCUUCGGCCACUGGCUAGCUCUCUGGCCUUACCUCUUCGAAACGGUCAACGGAACAACCGUGGUCUUCUACGGAGACAGCGUUCCGGUUGAGAAACGCGUUUUACUCAUCGCUAACCACAGGACGGAGGUUGAUUGGAUGUAUCUCUGGAACAUUGCGUUGAGGAAAGGCUGUCUUGGUUACAUCAAGUACGUCCUCAAGAGCAGCUUGAUGAGACUGCCUAUCUUCGGCUGGGGGUUUCAUGUUCUUGAGUUUAUACCUGUUGAGAGGAAGCGUGAGGUUGAUGAGCCUGUGAUGCUUCAAAUGCUCUCGAGUUUUAAAGAUCCGAAAGAGCCUUUGUGGCUCGCUCUGUUCCCUGAAGGAACCGAUUUCACUGAAGAGAAAUGCAAGAGAAGCCAAAAGUUUGCAGCUGAAGUUGGUCUUCCGCUGUUAUCAAACGUACUUCUACCGAAAACAAGAGGCUUUAGCGUUUGCUUUGAAGCUCUACACAACUCUUUGGAUGCAGUGUAUGAUUUGACUAUAGCAUAUAAGCCUCGUUGUCCAUCUUUCAUGGACAAUGUAUUUGGGACUGAUCCUUCAGAAGUUCAUAUCCAUGUUCGGAGAGUUCUUGCAAACGAGGUUCCAGCGAGCGAUGAAGAGUCUUCUGCUUGGUUGAUGGAUUCGUUUCAGCUGAAGGACAAGCUGCUAUCGGAUUUCAGUGCUCAAGGGAGGUUCCCAAAUCAAAGACCAGAUCAAGAAGAGCUCUCUGUUUUGAAGUGCAUUGCAACUUUUGGAGUGGUGAUAUCUUCGACGGCGUUGUUCAUUUACCUGAGCUUGUAUUCACAUAGCUGUUUCAAAGUGUAUGUUGGUUUAAGCUUCACGUAUUUGUCAUUUGCUACUUAUUACAAGUUUCGACCUUCGUCAUCUGUUGUUGGCUGUUGUAUAGGUGAUUCUAGUAAAGAAGCCAAAAACCAUUGA